GCGGCGUGGCGUGCGUGCGUGCGUUGGGGCUGGCUGGCUCCCGUGCUCCGCUCCCGUAGGUCUGUCUGUACCUCGUUUUACCGACUCAUCAAGGCUACUGACACCUGGAACUCACUAGCAGAUGGCGGGAGCUUGGGGUUGGGGGGUGGGGAAGGAUGAGGGCCGUGUGUGGCGUGUGGGUGUGCGGCGCCGCCGCUCCCUGUACCCCGCAAUGAGCUGCAGCCCCAGGGCGUUUUUGGCGUGGGAUGGGGCGCUGGCGGCCUUCUUCCCACCGUCCCUCCGGGCGCUCAACCCCGGCUUAGCCGCGUCUGCUUCUGGGGCGCGGGUGGGGCUCCGGAGGUGCAGCGUCCGUCCGCGGGCGUGGGGGAGGGGGGUUGGUUGGUUGGUUGGUACGCCGAGUGUUGGGCGUUGGGCACUCAUACACUGCCCCAGACACUUCAUCGCGGUGGCGAGAGCGAGGCCACGUAGGCGCCGGCCUCUGUCCUCUCUCUUGCGCUCUCUCUGUAAGCAGCGCGACGAUAGACCGUUCGAGCUGCCGUCCUGUCUGUACACCUGGCCAGCUGCCGACUGCGCUGAGGGCGCGUCGCGUCGCGCCACCUUCCAAUACUCGCUCGACUUUUGCUGUUCAAUCAAUCCCCGAGGGAGCUGCGAGCAGCGAGCUUUUUUCGGCCAAGGAGAGCCGCGCUAUGGUAUUCCUGAGCUACUCGCAUCCCCCUCGAUUUUCAUAAGCAGAUAUGCGAUCAGCGGGCGCUGUGGCUUGUCCUGUGCGCCGCCGCCGCCGCUUUUGCGGCUCUCUGACUCCCGUCUUUCUCACAUGCCAUGUUCACGGACCUUCUUGCGACGACUCCGGUCUCCUCCUCCGCAUCUGCACGCCUGCAAUCGUGCUUGCUCGGAAAUUACUAGGCGCUAUUUUUCGAUCCUCGGGAAAUGGCACAUCAUGGGAACAUCAAUUCUUUAUUUUUUCUUUCUUUCGUUCUUUCUAUUUCUAUUUCUAAGCCGCGCGCCCUGGCCCUGCUGUCUUAAAGAGUCCAGACGCCUGAUGGUUACCUGAUCCCUCUCCCCCCCCCUGCCCGGUCGACUUAUCUCCUGGGUCCUGGACGC